CAAUAUAUAUUUUUGUACUUAUGUUAACACAUUUGUCAGUACUAUAGCAUAAACUCAAUGUUUUCUUUUUAAAUGAUAAACAGAUGAGUUAAAACUGCCUUUAGUGAAUUUUGCACUGUACCCAGAAUAUUCUUUUAACGGGGCCAUUGUGAACAGACUAAACCUUUGUUCAGAGAAUGUCACUGUUAUUUAUGCGUCACUAUAAACUUGAUGACAUUACUUUUUGUCUUUGUUUACCCAUUUGUACAUCACUUAAAAUGUAGUAGUCCAACUUGCGUUAAUAACUCUUUUGUUUAUGUACAGAUGGAGUCACCAAUUCUGAGAACAUCAGAGUCUCUAAGCACCGCUGCAACGGAUGACAUGAAAAUGCAGAACAUGACAAACUCAUGUGAAUUUUCUAAGGUCCCAACUCACCCAGUCUUCAUAUUUGCAUACUCACUAGUGUUUCUCAUCAGUCUGGUGCUGAAUUGCGUCACAAUGCGGGUGUAUUUUUGUACCAAUCACCGCGUCCAAUCCAGUGUCACGGUUUACAUGAAGAAUCUAGCCGCGGCUGACUUCUUCCUUUGUCUUUGCUUACCCUUGCGCAUUGCUAACUAUGCCACGCAUUCAGUGACACUGCGCAAUGUUUAUUGCAGCUUUGGAGCGACGGCCUUCUAUUUAAACAUGUACGCAAGCAUUCUCUUCAUGGACUUUAUUGCUGCAAACAGGUACCUGAAAAUUGCCCGGCCAUUGGAGACUCACGCUCUUCAGAUGGUUCGUACCGCACGUCACAUUUCCAUAUCAACUUGGCUCUCCUUGUUAGCCAUGGCUUCCAUCUACCUAGUCAUAUUUCUCCAGACGUCUUGGAGUCACAAUGAAAAUGCCAAGGGAUUCGGCUGUGAAUCUUUACACAGUGCCAAGGUCAAGUUGGUCUACAAAAUCACUCACACUGUCUCCAUGUUGCUCUUCAUUUUUGUGCUGGUUUCUCUGAUACUUCUCUACUGGGGGACUUUAAAAAAGAUCAGGCAAGUUCAGCUGUCCACACAGACCACAUCUAAUAGCCGUAAGUUUAACAAGUCAAAGCGUAACAUGCUGGUUCUAGUGGUUAUUUUUUGCGUGUGCUUUGUGCCGUAUCAUCUGGUGAGGCUUCCUUACGCAUUCAUCAAACCCCAUUUGAAAGACUGCACAGCCCAGGCGUUUUACAUCUUAAAGGAGCUGACUGUGUUGCUUUCAGUGCUAAAUGCUUGUUUGGAUCCGCUCAUUUAUUUUAUCUUCUGCAAGGCCUUCAGAGCCCAGCUGAGUCUCGGUAAAAAGACAGAAUCGUUGGCAUCCAAUAAAGAUCAAGGACCGCAAAGGCGAAUGAGCAACAUGUUGAGCUACAUUGAGACCAAGGUAUCCACGUUAAGACACGAAAGUGUCAUUUAGGCUAGCAUUUUGACUUAAUAGACUACAAUGUCAUGAAAUGUGAUUGAUAAAAUCAAAAUAUAAUCAAAAUCAGAGCAAGAAAUGAAUGUGUAAAGGAUUUACUGUACCUGCUGAUACCGUAGCAUUAAACGUCAGCUCGACUGACCAUUUACCUCAACUUCAACUUUGAUAAAACAGGUAUGAGUUUCUAUUCACCAGUUAAAAAACUGGGACUGUGAACAUAUACAUAUUUUUAAUUUCAAGUUGUAAUAUUGUUAUCAUUAUGUAUUAUGGCAUAGAAAUAUAUGGUUAAUUUUUUGGCAUUCAUGUAAAACUCUGUUUCUGUCCUGUUUCUGAACUGAACAAAGCUCGACAUCUCAUAUUUUUAACUGAUGGACCGUUUCCGUGUAAUCUACUGCAUUCUCCCUAUACCUCUAACUUUCAAACAGUUUUGUUCAGUUGUUUUAUGUAGACCCGUCUAAAUCUCUUUGAGUUGGAACUGUAUGUUCAUAGCAGCACGACUGCAUGCGGUCAGUUAUUGCUUCAACAACACUCAUAUCCUGUAUUUGUUUUCUCAGAUUAAACCACAAAAAAUCAUAAAACAAUACAAAUAAAAUCUCUUUCACUUCUUGUUGCACUGGUAAAUGUGCAUAGAAGGGAACUUCUGCAAGAAUAACAGUUGCACCAGGUUG